GAUACGAUAGCAACAGGAGCUUAUCGGUUCUCUUUCUUCGCUCCUCUCUCUCUCUCUCUUUCUCUUGCUUCGAUAUUUCCGAUAUGUACGGGUCGGCUGAGCCGAGGCGACGAACGUGCGCAUAUCAAACUACCAACAGCAGUAUCAACACACACGGAUUUCUAACCUCAAAUUAUUCCGAGAUCGCGCUCAGAGCUCGUAUAUGUAUCAUCGUAGAUCGCGCGCGCGUACACUUUCGCGAGUCUGUUUUGUUUUUUUUCUCUCCGUUACCCAGUGGCAAAAAACAUAAAAACAAGAUGAGUCUUCGCCAGCCAAGGCGAGACUCGGAUGUUAUAUUGUCCAACUUUAAUCACAAAGAACUCCUGUUCAAGUUUCUUAUCAUUGGUGAUUAUGGUGUAGGAAAGACAGCAAUUGUCAGGCGCUACACGGAGGGCAAAUUCUCCUCGAAUUACAAGAUUACCAUAGGCGCAGAUUUCGCUAUAAAAACGCUCGAUUGGGAUCCUCGCACUAAAAUAAACUUGCAAUUAUGGGACAUUGCCGGCCACGAGAGGUUCGGUUACAUGACCAGAGUUUACUAUAAAUAUGCGGUCGCCGCAGCCCUCGUAUUCGAUAUAUCGAGGGUCGCAACUUUCCAGUCGGUGAAAAAAUGGCUGGUGGAUCUCAGAGACAAGGUCACGCUGCCCGAUGGCUCCAGCAUACCGAUCGUACUGCUUGCCAACAAAUGUGACAUCCACACCGUCUCCGUACCGACCGAGCAAAUUGUCAAGUUUUGCAAAGAAAAUAAAAUCGCUUCUUGGUACAUCACUUCCGCUAAGGAAAAUAAAAAUAUUGACGAAGCGAUGCGAUAUCUUGUCGAGAGCGUAUUGAAGGCGAAGAUCGAGGACGAAAUAAGAGACUCGAUAAAACUUCGAGAAACACCAGAAGUCCAGGAGAAAAAUAAUUGUUGCAAAUCUUGAUGUAUGGAAAAGCAGUGAAUCAUCAAUUUCACGGGAGACUCCAACGAGCGUCUAAACCAAGGAGCUCAAACUUACGUAUUAAAGUAUAUUCGUUAGAAACAAAUUACCAAUCGCCACCAUUAUCAUCUGUCGUUAUUACCAGCCCUAAAAGUGAGGGGAGAACGUUUGGGUGCCAUUUAACUUCAAACUUCAAAAAAGUGGUCGAUUCUCCAUGAGAUUAAACAUAAAAUACGAUUACCAGCAAGACUCGUGUUCGCUUUGUAUAUUUUUAUUUGCGCACUCACACAUUAGAUUUAUCAAAUUUGUACAUACACGAAUACUUCGUUUGAUGUAUACCUAUGUAUCCAUACUAUUAUCUAUUAUGAAGAUAUUCUAAAUAGAAAUAAAGUCACUCGUACACUGCAGCCUCAAUUGUUCGAGCAGCGGUGGGACUGACUCUUCAUCGCA